AUGGAUGGAGAGGCGUCGUCGGCGGCGUCAGUGGAUAGCGCACUGAGCCCCAAGGCGGAAAGCCCACGCGAGGAGACGCACGAGGAUGAGGAUACUGCACCCAAGCCGAAGGAGCGGCGCGGAUCGAAGCGGCCGCCAGUGCCAGUCAUGGACGGCUCUGACAACGCGAGCCCGGCGAACCGCUCGCGGAAGCGCCAGAGCCUGGACCCCGAGGACAGGGACCGGGAGCUCAGACGCCUACAGCAGGAGUUCUCAGACCAAAAGUCUCAGAUCCAGAGCCUCGUGACCUUGGCCAAGAAGGGCCGUUCCAUGCUCUGCCAAAGUCUUGUGGAGUUGGCCAAGAUGGAGCGGGAGAAGGCAAGAGUGAAGCUCUUUCAGGAUGGCGUGCGCCUUGGGAAGUAUCGCUGCUCGCAGACUUAUGGGCAGCAGGACUGGGAGGGCGGCUCGGAGGCGGAGCAGAUCGAGCAGCAGAGGUGCCGCCUCCGACAGGAGCGGGACUCCGUGGAGUCGCUGCGGAAGUCGCUGAAGCCCUCCAAGGCCAAGGCGGACCCUGAGGAGGCAGAAAUGGAGGACCCCGACGACCUCAUGGAGAUUCGAGAGGUGUGCUUCCACCGCCAGGACUACAUCAAGAGGGAGGAUCAGGCAAUCAAGGAGCGCGAAACCCGGCUGAUGGCAGACAGGACAUUGUACCUGAAGCAGAAGAUGCUCUUGCAGGCCGAGGACAUGUCCCGCUUCAAGCACUACCCCAUCCUGAAGGACAGGUACCAGCUGCUGAACAUGAUCGGCCGCGGGGGCUUUAGCGAGAUCUACAAGGCCUUCGAUCUGGAGCAGAUGGCCAUGUGUGCCAUCAAGAUCAACGAGAUCGAGGCAAAGAUGUCGGACUCCCAGCGGCAGGACCUGGUGCGCUGGGCCCUCCGCGAGUGCGAGAUCCAGAAAAGCCUGGCUCAUCCGCGGAUCGUGCAGCUCAAAGAUUGCUAUGCUUUGGACUCCCAUGCCUUUGUGCUGGUCCUAGAGCUGUGUGAGGGCGAGACGCUGGAUAUGCGCCUGAAGAUGCAAGGGCCCAUGUUGGAGAAGGAAGCCAAGACGAUCAUCGUUCAGAUUCUGAAUGGCCUGCGGUAUUUGAAUGCUAGUGGGCGGAAGAUUAUCCACUACGACAUCAAGCCCUCCAAUGUCUUCUACCACGCGGGGCAGGUGAAGAUCGGGGACUUUGGCCUCUCUAAGAUGGCGGAUGCCUCCCCAGAAGGGAUCAUCGAGUUGUCGACGCGGGGCGCUGGAACCAGUUGGUAUUUGCCUCCAGAGUGCCACGAGACGGCCAGCCCCACCAUCAGCAGCAAGGUCGACGUUUGGAGCACGGGGGUCGUCUUCUUUGAGCUGCUCUUCAACCGCCGGCCGUUUGGGGAGGGCCAGAGCCAGGACGCCUUCCGGCGCCAGGCGGCGGAGGACGCCUUUGAGCUGGUGGUUCCGCCAUCGCCGAAGGUGUCUCCCGAAGCCAAGGUUUUCAUUGGACGGCUUUUGGCGCGAGACCGGGAGCAGCGGCCAGAUGUCUUGGAUGCGCUGGGGGAUCCCUACAUCCGCAAAUCAUGGCCUGACCAAGCUACGCGCAAGCGUGUUGGUGCAUAG